ACAGUUUACUGCCACCUUUAAAGAUGAAGGUCGUUUCGCACCUGAUGUCAUGUCGUACUUUCCACACCAGUGUACUUUGUCCUCAGUGGCGCUUGAAAUUGCUUGAAAAGACAAUCGUUCACUGUCGUGUUUUAACAGUACCAGUAAACCACUUCUUUUCAACUCGUAAAAAAGAUAAUCAACUUACGAUAUUCACGAUUCCUAAUUUAAUUACAGUUUCACGAAUCACUCUUACCCCUUUUAUUGUUAAAUCUAUUUUUUGCUGUGAUUUGAGUGUGGCUUUAGGUCUUACUAUCGUUGCUGGAGUCACAGAUACGUUAGAUGGGCUUAUAGCCCGAAAUGUGUCAAACCAGGCCUCAAAUGUGGGAAGUUUCCUGGACCCUCUUGCUGACAAACUUCUUGUGACUUCUUUGGUUUUGUCAUUGACAGUGAUGGAUUUUUUCCCAGUCAGUCUUGCCUGUCUUUUUAUUUUCCGUGAUUUGGGAAUUGUUAUCACAGUUUUGUCUCUAAUGUUCCAGAAUUUCGGUUCACUUACUACGAAGAUAUUCACCGAGAAAGUUGAAAUGAAGGCAUCAAAUAUCAGCAAGCUGAAUACUCUUUGUCAAUUAUCGAGUAUCAUACUUAGCAUGACAUAUCCUUUGUAUGGACUCCCUAACUACGAAUACCUAAAGGUUGUAUGGUGAGUUAAAAUGUUUGCAAAAUUUAAAUAUUUCCAUUUUAUGAUUCAUGAAGGCUUAUAUAAUUUGAUAAUCAGUAAGUCAUUCAUAAGUAGUGUCAAACCUGAUACAUAUGUGUAUUAGUUCACCACAAACCGACGUCUGUAAAAUUUAAAAGUGAGAGUACUAAACAGUCGCCUUUUCUGGUUCAAUACUCCUUAGCGUUGUGUACUCACAGUCUCACAAUACCACGUUCAAGGUCUCGUAAAUUUAUUAUUUAUUUAUUUAUUUCAACACAUAGAUAAUGGUACAAAGAGGCACCAAAUACAUAUGCGCCACACCAUAUUUGUGUGUGUGGGCUGUGAUACUGCCCGGGUGCCCAAACCGAAGCAGGUGGUUUUCUUAGGGGGCCACACCCCGAGCCUUCGACCUGAAGGUCUGAUCCACAAGGCAGUGGAGCAUCGUGACGAGAUGCAGUCCCAUGGAAGCCGGUGACCAACAAUUGGUUCAUUCGCCAUUUGUUCCCGCAGGAUACUGAGGCCCAUUUUCACCAUUGGUUUGGAAUCUGGUUAAAGCGCCGGACAUUCGCUUUUCGUCCUCUCAUUUUCGUAAACAACACCCCCGCCACGAGAAGGCAGUGAGUAGGACUUCCCUGGCAGAGGCUAUAUACGCGUGGCCGUGUGAGAGUAUUUCGAGAGGGAGAGUGGACUCUCCCCACUCUCGGCCGUACCAGGGCAUUUGGGGGCUCGUAAAAAUAACACUUGACUACUAUGAUCGAAUUCGGUGAUAUACAUUGCAAUGCGUUCCAACAGUCAUCAAAUGUCAUAGAUGGAGGUUACCUUAUUCUGUACUCGAUUAGAUCCACAGAUCACGACCUGCCAUUAGAACUUCUGGGAAAGCAGGUCACCAUUUAACACUGCGAUUUGAUGAAAUUUCAUAAAUAUAAGUUUGGAGAUAAAUUUUGACACAAACUAAAAAGUUAUUUCUUUGCUGUUUUUCGAAAUACAUGGUCUGAUCAUUUUUAUAUAUGUUUUGACUAGUUUAUUUAUUAAUUUGACACUAAUCGGCAACAGUUAAACGUGUGACAAAUGAAAGAUCUAGGAAAACAUUUUCCAAACUUAUUUCGUCAAUAUUUUUUUAAUGAAGCAGGUGCGAUAAAUAAAAUAAGGUAAAGUCAAGGACAAUACAAAUGGAACGCAUAGGAUAUUUGAUAUUUGAGAAAAUAUGUAUAUAUCGUGGAUUGUUUUACCAACUAUAUAUUAAACGAUUCGAAGUACCAGUAGAUUAAUUAUGAAAUUUCUUUAAUAAUAAUUUUUUCCUGGGGCCGUAUCUUUUUUUAUCUCUCAAAUUGAGCUCUACAAUUCUAUUUUGUCUUUCAGAAAUUGUUUUAAUACAUAGUUUUCUAAUGAAGUGUAAAUAUGCCUCUUAAAAAGUCUUUAUUUGUGAUUUUAUCCUAAUCUCUCACAUGGUAUUCUUGUGCGAAAUCACUUCAAACAGCCACUGUUACUAGCAGUGGGUAUUUCACAAAAAUCGGUAGUGUAUAAACCAUUAUAAGAUAAAAAGGUGUUGCUAGUAGAAAGCAAUACAGCCACCAUGGUCGGUAGUUUUAAGAGCGUACCUCUUAAUGUUACUGCAUCAAGUUAUAAAAAAACCUAUUUGUAACAAAAAAAACAAUUAAAAUCAAAAUGCUUAACAAACGUAAGUUUAGAUAAAUUGACCUCUGAAGAGUUUCAUAAAAAGUAGAUGCAACCAGUACACUACAUAUUUUUUAUUUUUUAUCUCUGGCUUAUAAAUAACCGGCAAAUCUUGGUUUGAUAAUCGUAUUCCGGUAACAAAUAUAACUCUAUUCCACAAAUUUAUUAUUUCUCUUGCAAUCAUAUUUUCUGUCGAAUCUUGCUACUGCCAAUUUAAUUACCACUGCGCCUGUUACACUGAUAUUCCUUUCGGUAAUUCCAUUUGUUUUGCUUAUGCGGCGUAGCAACUUGAAAUGAUUCACAUUUGUGAUAUAUGUAAGUCCCUGAGCGAUAUCACUGUCUUAAUUCACAACUUAAAAUUCCGAUUGCUAUUUUUCUAUCUCACAGCUAUUAUUCCAUCGAUAACCUAGAGUCUUAGACUUGAUUAAUUGUACGUUGUAACCGGCAAAAGUAACAUUCAGCUAUCGUAAGAUACACUCCUAUUCGUCUGCCUAUCUGCAAGACUUGCUGUAUCUCCAGCCUUGGAUCUGAAUAGAAGCCAGAACUUAAGCUUCUAUUAUUACUAUAUUUCGAUUACUCAAUCCAGCUAGCCAACAUCUCAGACACUCAUUAGGAUAUAUAUAUGCAAUAUCAGUUUUCACAACACAUCUAAUAGUGACUGUGGAUUAACUGUGUAUUUAAUCUAUGUAUUUUAUCCACAAAAAUAUUUAAACCAUAAACAGUACUUGCUCACAGUUGUCUAAACCAUUUAUUUUGGUAGUCCAAUAGUGUCAUUAAAUAUAAAUGCCCACUUCACAAUUAUGAAUUUUAAUGUGAUUACAAACGAUUUCUUCAUUUUUUAAACUAGAUUUACUGAAUACUAACACUCAUAGUGUUUAUUUAGGUUAAAUAUACACCUUGUUCUAUACUGUGUGCGUUCUCACUGGUAUACUGGCGAAGUAUUGGCAAUCACUGAUUGGACGUACUUAAUGUCGUUCUCCUUUAGCUUAACCGUCUGUAACUGUUUUCCUAACCAAUGCGGUUAUGUAAUGGUCAUUAUUUUUAACCUUUGCUCGUUAUAUUGAUUAAUAGGGUCUUGGAGACAAGCAAGAUGUUCCUUCAUUAACGAUUUAAUAUUUAUUUAUAAUUGUCUAACUUUAAAAGUCUGCGCAUUAUAUAUUGAAUUAUCUUUUCAUUGACCAAGUCAGUAUUACAUUCGGUCGAAUUAAAAAAACUAUUCAAAUUUUAUGAUGAGCACAUUUAAUUUAUCGUUAAAUCAAACGAAAUAUGUCAGAAAUAAAACAGUCGUCAAUAAUGGCAUUGGAUUGUUGCUGUACUAUAUUGCGAAUUGAUUGAAGUGAAAAUUGUACCGUUGAACCUCAUGGCUCUAACCGUCAAGUGUUUGCUACGAGACCUAUGGCUCCUAGGUUAGAUCGUUGGUGAAGUUGUAGUUGUGUACUACUGAGGAGUCUUAUACUAGGACUAGACACCUGUCUAGUAUUCCCUGACUUUCAGUCAUACCCCAACUGAGAUUAACCUGUGACUAAUACAAUCUACAAAUCAAACCAAUCUCCAUAAAACUCAUUCAAUUAAAUUAAACCGCUGAAAAGAUAUCACAUUAUUUAGUAUAGACAGUCUAUCAUAUUACUCAUUUUAUGUAUGAUACCAUCAUUGUUUUUCUUUCAAAAUUUAUAAAUCAUUUUUCCUACUAGGCUUCUUUCAGCUGGAACUACAAUUGGAUCUGGUUUAGGAUAUUUAAAAAGUUUACCAGAAUGGCGGAAACGGAUGGCUGAAAUCUCCAAAAAAACUAGAUAGAUAAACUAUUUUAUUUUGUACACGGUUUUUUAAUCAACAAUUUAUAUCAAAUUGUAUCUCCUUCAACGAAAUGGUUGUCCUCAUUGUCAACAGUUUACAUAUAUAUAACAUAUUAUGAAAACUAACCGUUUGAUUGAAUAAAAUCCAGAGAAAUAAACUAUUAUAAAGAAAAUAAAUGAAAAUAUCCCAUAUACAACUUGAAAACAAUUAUCAUCUAUUAACUUAUGAUAAUUUACUCUAUUAAAGUUUAAUGCAUAAAACUUAAUAUAAACCUAAAGAAUGAUUUCAUGUUAUUUAAAAGUCAAGUCGUCAUCUCUAUUCUCUUUCAACUGAAUGAUUCAAAGUGAAUACACACUUACUAUAAAACCU